AUUCGGGGGAGAACCCUCAGCUCCGACACCGGAGACUCUCCCUCCCCCGCGGGCUGGCCCGAUCUCGGGCAGCGGUCGCCCCAGGGCCGCCUGCAGCUGUACUCCAGCGGCGUGCUUCGGGUCGACUCGAAUCACGGAAGUUUGUUGACGUCAGGUGUGGCAGCGGCUUCGUCCACUCGUCCCAACCGUCCCUCGCUUCUGGCACCUGUUGUCGGUUAGACGGAAGUUGGAUCUUAUUUAUCUGUUUACAGACGAGCACUCAACAACAAUAUCAACUACAUACCCGCUUGUUCCAAGGCUGUCGGGUUCAACUGCCUUCAAAGUGAAGAAAGGUUUUUGAAUUGACGUUACAGCCCACCCGUGAAGGAAGGUAGGAAUGAAGGAAGAAGGCUCACACGGCAAACUGUGUUUAUCGAAGUUUCCCGGGAUGCCCAAGGAGAAAUAUGAGCCUCCAGACCCGCGCAGAUGUUACAGCAUCAUGUCGGCCGAGGACGUGGCCAGCGGGAAGAAGAGCCAGUGGGCCGAGCUGGAGAUCUCUGGUCGCGUGCGGAGUCUCAGCAGCUCACUGUGGACGCUGACCCACCUGACGGCGCUGCACAUCAACGACAACAACCUGACCCGCAUCCCGCCCGAAAUCUCCAGACUGCCUCACCUGGUCUACCUGAACCUGUCGUCCAAUAAGCUGCGCAGCCUCCCGGCUGAGCUGGGGCGCAUGGUCUCUCUCAGGGAACUUUUGUUGAACCACAAUCUGCUGAGAGUUUUGCCCUAUGAACUCGGGAAGUUAUUCCAGCUACAGACUCUCGGGCUCAAGGGGAACCCUCUGUCCCAGGACAUCCUCAACCUGUACCAGGAGCCAGAUGGAACCAGGAAGCUGCUCAACUACAUGCUGGACAACCUGGCAGUUCACCCUGAGCAGCUGCCCCAGAGGCCCUGGAUUAGCCUGAAGGAGCGAGACCCGAUGACGCCCACAGCUGCCUUCACCGUCAUGUGCUACAAUGUCCUCUGCGACAAGUACGCCACCCGGCAGCUCUACGGUUACUGCCCCUCCUGGGCACUCAACUGGGAGUAUCGCAAGAAAGGAAUCAUGGAGGAGAUCACCAACUGUGACGCUGACAUCAUCAGUCUGCAGGAAGUGGAGACGGAACAGUACUACACUAUGUUCCUGGACACGCUGAAGGAGCGCGGGUAUGACGGCUACUUCUGCCCCAAGUCUCGGGCCAAGCUGGUGUCAGAGCAGGAGAGGAAGCACGUGGAUGGCUGCGCCGUUUUUUUCAAGACCCAGAAGUUCACGUUGGUGCAGAAGCACACGGUGGAGUUCAACCAGGUGGCCAUGGCCAAUUCUGAGGGGUCUGAGGUCAUGCUCAACAGGGUGAUGACCAAAGACAACAUUGGGGUGGCGGUCCUGCUGGAGGUCAACAAGGACAUCUUCACUGGAGGAGUGACGCCGCCGCCAGAGAGGCAGCUCAUCCUGGUCGCCAAUGCUCACAUGCACUGGGACCCGGAGUACUCGGACGUCAAGUUGAUCCAGACCAUGAUGUUCCUGUCGGAGCUGAAGAGCAUCGCUGAGAGGGCCAUGGACUCUGUGGCCACUGGCUCGCCUACCUCAGACCCCUCUUCCAUCCCCAUCGUUCUAUGUGCUGAUCUCAAUUCGCUGCCCGACUCUGGUGUGGUGGAGUACCUGAGCAACGGGGGUGUGGCUGACAACCACAAGGACUUCAAGGAGCUGCGCUACAGUGAGUGUUUGACCAACUUCAGCUGCAACGGGAAGAACAGGCCGCCAGACGGGAGCAUCACUCACAGCUUCCAGCUGAAGAGUGCCUACCACAGCAGCCUGAUGCCGUACACCAACUACACCUAUGACUUCAAGGGCGUCAUCGACUACAUCUUCUUCUCCAAGACCCGUAUGAGUGUUCUGGGUCUGCUGGGCCCACUGGACCACCAGUGGCUGCUGGACAAUAACAUCACCGGCUGUCCACACCCUCACAUCCCCUCUGACCACUUCUCCCUGCUGGCCCAGCUGGAGCUGCGGGCCCACCUCGGCACCGCCCUGAACGGGCUCCACCUGCUGGGCCACAGGUAGCCCAAUGGACCCUCCCGGUUUUAUACAGGACCUGUACAGCGGACUCUCACUACUGUCUUUUAAAUGUCUGACUCUGAGGUUGGUUGUCUGAUGAAACUGAAUUGGAAGUUUCUGUUUUUGCCUUAAAAAAAAAGACGUCUGACUUUUAUCAGCAAAUCUUUUUAGAACCCCACGACUGGACCCAGAAAAACAACAUAGGACUCUUUGUUUACACCUCAGCCGGACGUUUCCUGCUCAGUGCUGCCGAAACACACGUGUAAACAUUUAUUUAAUUCACUGAAUAAAUGUUUAUUUAAACGAGA